AUGACCACGGUGCGUUGUGAGGAGAUCGCGGCGUUCGAAGGGACUGGGAUGGCGGCAUUCGAGGGGAAUGGGAAGGCGAGGUUCGAGGGGAGUCGGACGGCGGGGUUUGAGAGGGUUCGGACCGGGGGGUUCGAGAAGAGUGGGAUGCGCAGACAAGGACUGCGGUGCAUUGUGCGUAAAAGGCGCUGUUCGAGGGGAGUCGGAUGGCGCCGUUCAAGAGGAGUGGGAUCGCAGGUUCGAGAGGAGUGGGAUGGCGGGAUUCGAGGGGACUCGAACGGCAAGGUUCGAGGGGACAGGGUCGGCGGACAUGCGUGCCCGUCGACGCACGAUCCCGAGCCGUUGUUGCUGCGCGUUCUGCAUCUGUGGCUGCGGACGAGGACCGAGGUACCUUGUGCGGACAUCGCGGUGUUCGAGGGGAAAGGGACGGGGGCGUUCGAGGGGAGUGGGACCGCGGCGUUCGAUAGGAGUGGGACGGGGGUGUGCGAGAGGAGUGGGUCCGCGGAGUUGGAGAGGAGCGGGGCGGCGGAUGUGCGUGCCCGCUCGAUGUAG